AAAAUCACGUUCGUUGUCCACAGUGGUUUUAACAGCAUUUGGAGAAAGUUAAAUAUUUAUUAAUUAUUUCUAAUAAUAUAAUUAUUAUAAAAAUUAAUGUCAAAUCAAAAAAAAAUUAUUUCUACAUAUAUUGUGAAUUUCUGAGGUUUCUCUAGAAAAACGUUCUGAGUUGUUAUGGUCAUGGAAUGAAUUUUAAAAUUUGUACUCUCACCGGAAAUAAAACGUUUCAAUUUUUACACAAAAAAUUUCACCUUCAAGAACAAUGUUCACUCACGAUCUUAAAGGUCAAACUUAACGAGAGUCGUUAUUUCUCGUGAAGAUGAUUUCCAAAAAAUGCCUCCUCGUCACCCCAACUCUUCUCGUGUUCGCUAUUUUCCUUCUACGCCCAGUCGUGGGGAUGGUGAGGUGGGGAAGAAAGAGUCCUGUAGACCGACACACGAUUUUUAACGAAGUCCCACUACGGAACAUGAGCUGUUACAUCUGCGUCGGUGACCUUCACCCCGACGCGGGUACGAUUUUGCAACGCUGCAGCGUCUUCAGGAAGACUUGGAAGAAAUUUAAAGAGGCUAAAGGUGAUUACAACAAAGAGUUGGCGUACAUCUUAAAGGACAAGUUUACUGAAAACUGUGAGGAGGGGGUUGAAGAUUGCUACUACUCCCGUCCUUACGACACCCGUAUCGUUGGAUUUGAAGAGCGUGGCUGUGGAAGUGGACCUGAUAUCCUUGACGCCGAACCAUCAGAGGGAUGUACCUUCGAGACACUCAAGUUCCUCGGGGAAGAAAUGCUCGUGACGAAUUGUGUCUGUGACAAUAAGAAAUAUUGCAACGGGGCGCCGCGACGACAAGGCGGAGGGAAAUGGUAAGGUCGUCGCUAAAGGGCAAAGGUUAUUUGAACUAAACUUCUAUGUUUUUACUAUCAGGUCAGAUCUUGUCUUGGUUGGAUUUGCUGUUAUUGUACAACAACUCUACUCCUUAUAAGUGGGAGGAGCUCACCACAAUCAAGUAAAAUAAAUUAAAUCUUGUGGUUAAUGUGUAAUUGUCAACACGAACUUGCCCUCAAGUUCGAAAAGCAUAAUUUUUAUGAAAUA